AUGGAUACAUCAAAAUUGCUGUCCAACUUGGAAGAUAUUUCAGAUGAUGUGAGUUGUUUUAUGUUUGCAAUAAGAAAAAUAAUCGAGAAAUUUUUUCAGUUUAUUCGUAAUAAUCGAGGAAAAGUUCCGAUAUUGGGAAGAAUUCUAAUGGUUUUGACAUUUUUUGAAGAUGGUCAUCGAAUUCUUUUCAAUAUCAAUAAUCAUGUAACUUUUAUAACAGUAAGUUGAUAAAUUUAUUUUUGUUUUCUUGUUUGCAAAUGUUUAUUUCAGAAUUCUUGGUCACUCCCAUAUGGAAUUUCAUUUCUAUUUGUAAUGUAUAUGUGCUUGAUCCAAUUGAUUGCUCCAUUUUGUAUUUUAUUGCGUCGAAAAGUUAUGAUUGCAUGUGUUUUACUCGGAUCUGUAAUUCUUCUUCAAACCCUAUUCUACCAUAUGUAUAGUGAUUUGCGAUUCUUGAUCAGGUAAUUUAAUUUGUGAUUUAAAAAAAAAAUGAUUUUUAUACUUCAGAAAUCUGUCAGUGAUUGGUUGCCUAACUCUUCUAGCAACUGAAACAAUAAUGGACGAAAAACCACGAACUGGAAGAAACGAGCUGAUUUAUGAUGAUGAAUUUCAAUUCAAAUCAAUUAUUAUAUUAGUUGGAAGAUGUUAUCUCGUUUUCAUGCUUAUUUCUCUGAUUCAUUUUGAUGGAUUCGAAUUUUUGAAAAUCGUCGAGCUUUUGGUUUCAUUCAUCUUAUCGGUUUGUGUUGCAGUUGGAGCUCGCACAAAAUUGGCUUCUUUUGCUCUCGCAAUUUGGCUAUUCAUCCUCAAUAUUUUUCUGAAUGAUUGGUAAGUUUUUCUAUUUUUUUUUAAUUUUGAAAAUUUGGAGAAAUCAUGAUUUCAGGUGGUCACAGACUGACGCGACAAAAAUCGAUUUCAUGAAAUAUGACUUUUUCCAAACCCUUUCUGUCGUUGGCGGUCUUUUACUUGUUAUUCAUAUUGGUCCUGGCGAAGUUUCAUACGAUGACAUGAAAAAACAAUGGUAG